AUGGAGAAACACAAGGACUUCACGGAUUGGGCUAUCAGUGUUGGAGUGAAGAUCAAUGGAGUUGCUCCACAUCAUUUUCCAGGGAGAGGACUGGGUAUCAUUGCGGAGAAGGAACUCAAGGCCGGCUCCACGAUCGUUAGUGUUCCUCUCACAGCCCUGCGGACAGCUAAGACGGUCCCAAAACGCAUCUCCGACCCCAUCGGGCCCAUAACAGUUCAUGGCCUGCUCGCCGCUGACCUAGCGAUGGAUGAAUCCAAUCGUUUAUGGAAAGCCGUCCUUCCCUCGCCACAGGACUUCCAAGAAUCCAUGCCUCUGAUGUGGGACCCGCAACUUCAGGACCUUCUCCCAGAGGCCGCGAGGACUCUUUUAGAGAACCAGAAGAGGAAGCUCUCGAAAGACUGGGCGGCCGUGUCUAAAGCCUUCCCUCUCCUAACCUAUGACGAGUACCUUUAUACCUGGCUCAUCACGAACACGCGAACGUUCUACUUCCUUUCCCCCUCCCGGAAAGCCAAACAUCCGUCAAAUCGAGACGAUUGCAUGGCACUCAAUCCCUUCGCUGAUUACUUCAAUCACACUGACGAUCAAGGCUGCGAGGUUACAUUUGGCCCCAAUGGCUAUGCAAUAACCACCGACAAGCCUAUCAAGAAAGGGGAAGAAAUAUAUAUAUCAUACGGAAAUCAUAGUAACGAUUUUCUUCUCGCUGAAUACGGAUUCAUUCUCGAGCAGAACAAAUGGGACGAGAUAUGUCUAGAUUCUUAUAUACUUCCUUUAUUAUCUGAGACACAGAAGAAAACCUUGAAAGACGCUGGGUUCUUGGGAAAAUAUGUUUUGGAUAAGGAGACCGUAUGUUAUCGUACCCAAGUUGCUUUGCGGUUAUUAUGUCUACCGUUGAAGGAUUGGCGUCGGUUUCUUAAUGGGCAUGAUGACGGGAAGGAUCAGUCGGCUGUCGAUCAAUUGUUGUUGAAGAUUCUCCAACCAUAUUCAAAAACUGUGGAGGAAACGAUCAAAAGUCUAGCAGUACUUGAUUGUGGGCUGGCUAGUCAAAGAGAGACAUUGAGUAGGCGUUGGAGACAGAUACAUCUCAUCCUACGCAGUGCAAUAGCCCGAAUAUAA